AUGGCUUCCGUUCAAGCAUAUCGGCCCAACCCCGAGGAGGUGACCCAGAAGACUGCCAUUGAGUGGGCGACCGGAGCGGUUGCCUACGAAGGCCUGGAACAUAGGCCGGAGCUCGCCCAAACUCGGCCACUUGAAAUGUAUAACAUGCUACAUGUUGAAGCCCAAGAGGAAAAGUUCGUUCCAGCAGUCGAGUUCGCCCGUAAGAACAUGAAUCUCGAUGAUAAGGAUGAAGUGGACUGCUUCAGCAAGAAUCCACUGGAUUUCGACUACUACAGCUUGACCGGGACCGAGCAAGUGGCUUGGUGGCCAUGGAAGCGCUUCUCCACCAUUGGUUCCGAACAUGUCUAUUUGUUCGAAGGUUUCUCAAUGCGCACCGCCAUGUCACGCGCAAUAGAUGAGUUGACCACGUUCGAGCGGGAUUGCUCAGAUCCAUGGAAUCGAGGAUGCAAAGUCAAGCCCAAGAAAAUCAACACUCACUUCCUCACGAUAUUCGUUGGGAAAAGUCCCGACUCGGUUUCGCAAAGGAAGGUCUCCUUCGAGGAAACGUGUUACAGGACUUGCGUCGCAUGUCCCUGGAAAGGGUUCACUGAUGGCAGUUACUAUCACAAUCGCAGAAGGCAAGAAACUCGGGCAGUUUUGCGGCUCGAGCGCUUCAACAAGGAUGAAUGGCACCGACGUCAUAUUGAGAGAGACGAAAAAGACCUUGUGUAG